AUGAACUCCAGAGGCCUUGGGUCGCAGCUGAAGGACAGGAUUCCAGUUACCGAGCUCUCAGCCAGUGGGCCUUUUGAGAGUCAUGAUCUUCUCCGGAAAGGGUGUGUGUGUGUGUGUGUGUGUGUGUGUGUGUGUUCACCCUCUGAUUAUCAGAAAAAAAAAAUCCAACUCAACCAGGACAAGAUGAACUUUUCUACCCUGAGGAAUAUUCAGGGUCUGUUUGCUCCCCUGAAGUUACAGAUGGAGUUCAAGGCAGCGCAGCAGGUUCAGCGUCCUCCGUUUCUUCCGAGCUCAAACCUCUCACUGGACAUUUUGAGAGUCAACAAUGAGACCAUUGGUUUUGAGGAUGUUCUUAACGAUCCAACACUUUGUGAUGGGCGAGCCACACUUGAUAGUGGACUAUAA